AUGUCGUCGGUCGACCUCGACCAGGUGCUGUAUGCGCGGGCAAGAUGGCGCAAGACCAUUCUGAUCCCGCUGUGGGUGUUCCAGCUCACCGUGUUGCUGGGUCUGAUGGGCAUAUUUGCCUACCGCCUGGCCGAGACGUUUGAGCAUUAUGAGGAGAUGAACAAACUCAACCAAGUGCCCAUCGUCGAGGUGGUGUGGGAGGCGACCAACGUCGGGUUCAACCUCAUCGCGCUGAUCCUCACGAUUGUGGAAAUCGCCCGCAAGGCUACGGAGCGCCUGACACCGUUCAUGAUGGUCUCCACGCAGAUCAUGAAGCUGACGCUCGCGUUUGCCGUGCUGGCCCUCGACAUCGUGGCCUACCUGCAGCGCAUGGACGGGUACUACUCGACCAUCGGCCUGUCGCUGGACUGCGGUUUACUUGCGGCCAACCUCCUCGCCCUCAUCUACUCCAUCAAAACCUACCGCCGCGUGCUGCACUACGAAGACUACCACCUCACCGCCAACACCAGGGGCCACGUCUAUGCCCCGGGCGAAGAGUCCCUCGAGAUGGGCCACGGCGGCUACCGCGGCACCACCCCCAACAAACCCUUCGACAGCAGCAGCCGCGGCAUGGUAACAGAACACACAACCGAACUCCACUUCUCCGACUCCGCCUACCCUUCCCAAACCACCCAACAACAACCACUAAACCCCUCGCACUCCAACUCGGACCUCAAACGCCAAGUCGACCGGGCCAUCAGCGCCGAAUUCGGCUGGGGGGAUAACAACAACCCGCCGCCCGGAGGUCCCGAAUCCUUCCACCCUGGGGCCAGUAGCAGCAGUAACGUGGGGCAGCAGAGUGCACACGAAAGUCGGGAGUCGGAUAUUAACCGGUCGGGGAGUGUGGUGUUGGGGGGUGGGAAGGUGGCUGUGCAUCAUGGGGGGGUGGUGGCGCCGGAUCUGCAUCGGCAGCAGAGUUGGGUUACGGAACGGGGGGUUGUGACGGAUGGGGUUGGUGGUGGUGAUGGGGAUUUGGGAGGUGGUCAUGGAGAAGGUGGUCAUGGACGUAGGGGGAGUGGGUCGAGGGAGGAGGAUGAGGAGGCGUUGUUGCCCGGGAGAUGA